UUCCGGGUUCAUUUUGCAUUUGUGUUUCUCCAAACUCUGCGGCGUUCUCAAAGUUGGGACAGUGUGGCUUGUGCUCCGCGCUAGACAUGGAGGACCUUCUGUCAUUCACAGAUGUGGCCAUUGAUUUCUCUGCAGAUGAAUGUGAAUGCCUGGACCUUGCUCAGUGGAAUCUGUACAGGGACGUGAUGCUGGAGAAUUACAGCAACCUUGUGUUCCUGGGUCUUGCUUUCUCUAAGCCGUACCUGGUCACAUUUUUGGAGCAGAGUUCAGAUCCGUGGAGCGUGAAGAGAAAAGCAUCAGCGGCCAUCCAUCUAGGAUCAAAACCCCAUAAAUGUAAAGAGUGUGGGAAAGCCUUUGAUAGGAACUCAGUCCUUAUUCAACAUCAAAGAAUUCAUACUGGAGAGAGACCCUACAGAUGUGAUGAAUGUGGCAAAUCUUUUAACUAUUCUUCCAGCCUUAAACAGCACCAAAGAAUUCAUACUGGGGAGAAACCCUACAAAUGUGAAGUGUGUGGCAAAGCUUUUAACUGCUCUUCAUAUCUGGGUAAGCAUCAAAGAAUCCAUACUGGAGAGAAACGCUACAGAUGUGAAGAGUGUGGUAAACCUUUUACUAAUUGUUCAGGGCUUAUUGUUCACCGAAGAGUUCAUACUGGAGAGAAACCCUACAAAUGUGAAGAAUGUGGCAAGGCCUUUAGUGUUCGUACAACCCUCUCUAAACACCAGAGAAUUCACACUGGAGAGAAACCUUACAAAUGUGACGAAUGUGGAAAGACAUUUAAUGUUCACUCCACACUUUCUAAACACCAGAGGAUUCACACUGGGGAGAAACCUUACAAGUGUGAAGAAUGCGGCAUGGCCUUUAACGUUCGCUGCAUUCUUUCUAAGCACCAGCGAACCCAUACUGGAGAGAAACCCUACAAAUGCAAAGAAUGUGGCAAGGCUUUUAACUGUUCCUCCAGCCUUCACCAACACCAACAAAUUCACAGGGGAGAGAAACUCUACAAAUGUGAUGACUGUGGGCAGGCCUUUAGCUGUUCUUCAUACCUGUAUAAGCAUCGUCGAAUCCAUACUGGCAUGAAACCCUACAAAUGCAAGGAAUGUGGCAAGGCCUUUUACUGUUCUGUAAACCUUAUUUACCACCAGAGAAUUCACACCGGAGAGAAACCAUAUAAAUGUAACGAGUGUGGGAAAGCUUUUGGCAUUUGUUCAACGUUUAUGAAACAUCAGCGAAUACAUAGUGGGGAAAAACCCUAUAAAUGCAAAGAAUGUGAGAAAGCCUUUAAUAAUUGUUAUAAUCUAAUUCAACACCAAAGAAUUCAUACCGGAGAGAAACCCUACAAAUGUAAAGACUGUGGCAAAGCCUUUAAUUAUACUUCAAGCCUUGCCCAACAUGAGAGAAUUCACACUGGAGAGAAACCUUACAAAUGUGAAGAAUGUGGCAAGGCCUUUAACUCUUCUUCCAAUCUUAAACAUCAUUGGAGACUCCAUACUGGAGAGAAGCCCUACAAAUGUGAGCAAUGUGGGAAAGCCUUUAAAAAUUGUUCAGGCUUUACUCGGCACUAUAGAAUUCAUACUAGAGAAAAUCCAGAUUAGUGCAACCACUGUCGCCAAGCCUUCUAUAAUCAUUUACUGGUUAUUCAACACUAAAGGGUUCAUAUGAGAGAGGAACCUUAGAAACGAAAGGAACAAGGGAAGACCUGUAAUAAUAGCUCAACCCUUAUUCAACAUCCUCCGCUCCGUGCUGGAGAGAUCUUGUAAUGUGAAGAAGAUGGUUGCGUUGAGCGAUCUAUACUUCUGCAGCAUAAACAUUUUCAUUUCAGAGGAACCCUACGGAUGCAAGUGGUGGGGGAAAUACUCAUGACCAUGAGCGAAUUAUAAUCAGACUGUGUACGUGCACAAUGACUCGGGAAGGAACACUGUCAAAUAUAUAAAACUGAGGAAACCAAACUGUUACCGGAAAAAGCAGUAUACAGUAUGUUGCAAGACUUUACCCAUCACAUAGAUCUUAAGAGAUAUUCAGGAAUUAUCAUAAGAGACAAAUUCCAGGAGUUGUAUAGAAUUUAGCAAAGCAACAAAUACUGCUUAUAAUUGGUAAGGAAAUGUUUUGUAUGAGUGUAUAACUCAUUACACACUUUGGGAUCAUGCAGAUAAGUCUGUGAGGACAUCAGUGUGUUAUAAAUUGAAAUUGUAACAUGCGCUCAAUUUUGAGAAGUGAAAAGAUCACAACAACUAGUGACUUUAUCAGAAGAACAAGAAGACUGAGUCCUGAGGUUGCAGAGUCU